UCUAUAGAUGCGGACUAGCUAGUCCUAAAUAGCCGCUUAGUUUAUUCCAUCUUAUCAUCUAUCAAACUUUUGUCCAAGAUUCCAAGAGUCCGUCCGACGACUGUUACUCUCAUUGAUGUGCACCGAUUUUGAAAAUGCGGUCUCAUGCCGUAGAGGAUGGUUUAGAAAAGGUUUCUAGCCAUUGCAACCAUUACUUUCAGUAUUGGUUUAUCCAAUGGAAAUCCCGGUUGGCCUCCACUUUGCAAAGAAAGUGAAAGACAAGCACUUCUGAUGUUCAAGCAAGAUCUCAACGACCCUGCCAAUCAGCUUGCAUCGUGGGUUGCAGAAGAAGGUUCAGACUGUUGCAGUUGGACAAGAGUUGUCUGUGAUCACAUGACCGGCCACAUCCAGGAGCUGCACCUUGAUGGUUCCUACUUUCAUCCGUAUUCCGACCCUUUUGAUUUGGAUUCCGACUCUUGCUUCAGUGGUAAGAUAAAUCCUUCUUUGCUCAGUUUAAAGCAUCUCAACUACUUGGACUUGAGUAACAAUAAUUUUCAGGGAACACAAAUUCCUAGUUUCUUUGGUUCUAUGACAAGUUUAACACACCUUAACCUUGCAUACUCAGAGUUUUAUGGAAUAAUUCCUCAUAAACUGGGAAAUCUCUCCAGUCUACGUUAUCUCAAUCUCAGUAGUUCCAAUGGUUUCAAUCUGAAGGUAGAGAAUCUUCAGUGGAUUUCUGGUCUUUCUCUGCUGAAACACUUGGACUUAAGUUUUGUAAAUCUUAGCAAAGCAUCCGACUGGUUGCAAGUUACAAACAUGCUCCCUUCUUUGGUAGAGUUAGAUAUGUCUAAUUGUCAACUUCAUCAAAUCACCCCCCUACCCACCACAAAUUUUACUUCCCUGGUCGUCCUUGAUCUUUCUGGAAACCGUUUUAAUUCUUUGAUGCCGAUGUGGGUUUUCAGUAUUAAAAAUCUAGUUUCUCUUCGUCUCAUUUAUUGUUGGUUCCAAGGUCCAAUUCCUAGCAUUUCACAGAAUAUCACAUCUUUGAGGGAAAUUGAUUUGUCAUUGAAUUCUAUUAGUCUUGAUCCGAUUCCCAAAUGGCUGUUUAACCAAAAAGACCUUGCCUUGAGUCUAGAAUCCAAUCAACUUACAGGACAACUUCCAAGCAGUAUUCAGAAUAUGACUGGUCUUAAAGUUCUUAAUCUCGGAUCGAACGACUUCAAUUCUACCAUACCUGAAUGGUUGUAUAGCUUGAACAAUCUCGAGUCUUUACUUCUUUCUUCCAAUGCCUUGCGUGGUGAAAUAUCGAGUUCCAUUGGAAACAUGACAUCCCUUGUCAAUCUUCACUUAGAUAAUAAUCUGUUGGAAGGGAAAAUCCCAAAUUCUUUGGGACAUCUUUGUAAGUUGAAAGAUCUUGAUCUGUCAAAGAACCAUUUCACGGUUCAAAGACCAUCCGUAAUCUUUGAAAGUUUGUCCAGAUGUGGUCCGAAUGGAAUAAAAUCAUUGUCGUUGAGGUAUACUAAUAUAUCAGGUCCCAUUCCAAUGUCUCUAGGAAAUCUGUCAAGCUUAGAAAAAUUGGACAUAUCUGGAAAUCAGUUUAAUGGAACUUUCACAGAAGUUAUUGGUCAACUCAAAAUGCUAACGGAUUUGGAUAUAUCUAAUAAUUCAUUAGAAGAUGCAGUGUCGGAAGUUUCUUUUAGCAACCUUACAAAGUUGAAGCAUUUCAUUGCAAAUGGAAACUCAUUUACUCUGAAAACCAGUCGAGAUUGGGUUCCUCCUUUUCAACUUGAAAUUUUGCAAUUGGAUUCUUGGCAUCUGGGACCUGAAUGGCCAAUGUGGUUGCGGACACAAACGCAAUUAACACGUCUAAGCUUAUCCUGUACAGGAAUUUCAAGUACUGUUCCAACUUGGUUUUGGAACUUAACUUCCAAAGUAAGGUAUCUGAAUCUCUCUCACAAUCAAUUGUAUGGGCAGAUUCAAAACAUAGUUGCUGGUCCUAUGUCAGUGGUUGAUCUUAGUUCUAACCAUUUCACUGGUGCAUUGCCUAUUGUUCCCACCUCAUUAUUUUGGCUAGAUCUUUCCAAUUCAUCAUUUUCUGGAUCUGUUUUCCACUUCUUCUGUGAUAGGCCAGAUGAACCACGGCAACUUCAUUUUCUUCAUCUCGGGAACAAUCUUCUCUCUGGAAAAGUACCCGAUUGUUGGAUGAGUUGGCAGUACUUGAGCUUCCUAAAUUUAGAAAACAACAACCUAACGGGGAAUGUCCCAAUGUCCAUGGGAUACUUAGAUUGGCUGGAAUCGCUGCACUUGCGCAAUAAUCACCUGUACGGAGAAUUGCCACAUUCCCUGCAGAACUGUACCAGGUUGUCAGUUGUUGACCUUGGUGAAAAUGGGUUUUCCGGAAGCAUACCAAUAUGGAUAGGGAAAAGCCUUUCAGAAUUGCAGAUUCUGAACCUUCGUUCAAAUAAGUUUGAAGGAGAUAUUCCUAAUGAAGUUUGUUAUUUGACAAGUCUCCAGAUAUUGGACCUUGCACAUAACAAACUCUCAGGAAUGAUACCGAGAUGCUUCCACAAUUUGAGCGCCAUGGCUGAUUUUUCAGAAUCACGUGAUGCAAGUGUAUAUGUUAUUUUGAAUGGGAUUAGCGUUCCACUUAGCGUUACAGCGAAAGCAAUCUUGGUAACGAAAGGGAGAGAAAUGGAAUAUGGCAAGAUUCUGAAAUUCGUAAAAUUCAUGGACCUUUCAUGCAACUUUAUGUAUGGAGAGAUCCCUGAAGAACUUACCGACCUCCUCGCAUUGAAGUCACUCAAUUUAUCGAAUAACCACUUCACCGGAAGAAUUCCUUCAAAGAUUGGUAAUAUGGCACAGUUAGAAUCUCUCGAUUUUUCCAUGAACCAACUUGAUGGUGAAAUUCCUCAAAGCAUGACGAAUUUGACAUUUCUGAGUCACUUAAACUUGUCCAACAACAAUUUGACGGGACGAAUUCCGAAAAGCACUCAACUGCAGAGCCUUGAUCAGUCGAGCUUCGUCGGCAAUGAACUAUGCGGAGCUCCACUCAACAAGAAUUGCAGCGAGAAUGGGGUGAUACCGCCACCAACAGUUGAGCACGACGGAGGAGGAGGAUACAAUUUACUCGAAGAUGAGUGGUUCUACGUGAGCUUGGGAGUUGGAUUCUUCACGGGGUUUUGGAUUGUGCUUGGUUCUUUGUUGGUAAACAUGCCAUGGAGCAUUCUUCUUUCACAGUUGCUGAAUAGGAUAGUGCUUAAAAUGUAUCAUGUAAUUGUUGAAUAUGUUUAGCUUUGUUUUGUACUUUGAGUAAGUUUGUUGGCAUUUUCCUUGCUGUGACGAAUAUGCCAGUAUGGUUGUGUUGUAUGAUUUUGUCAAAUUUCGUCCUCUUGUUUCAUUGUAUUUUUUUUCAGGUUUGGCUUUAGAGGGGUUAGGUUUCAUGUCCUCCCCUCCCUUGUAUCGUUUUUGUUUUCGUUUCUAGAAGGGUAAGGUUUAUGUUCCCCCUUCUUACUCAAUGUUGUUUUUCUCAUUUUCUUGGCA